AUGGGCAGUGGCCGGAGCCUUCGGUCAGAAAUGCUUGAGGUUGUGAGAGUUCUUGAAGUAAUGUCUCUCAAAGGGUCCUCUCCGCCCCGCAUCGGUCUGGCAGAGGAGGGCGCAGCGGGGGCCAGGCGAGCGGCUCCCCCGCCCCCCUCCCUCCCUCCCUCUCCUGUGCUAUAUGGCGCCCUCCCUCCCCCACUCGGGUCCCUCCCCCAGCAUCCACACGUGCUGCCACCUGGAGCCGGAGCGGACGCGGCCGGACGGAGCGCGCCAGAGCGCCUCGGAGCUCCCCUCUUCCUCCCCGCCCCAUGGCGCGCGCCCCUCUUCGCCCCUAACGCUGUCCGAGCCCAGCGGGGAUCAUGGCAUCGCAGGGAGACCUGGAGCCCGCGCCUUCCCGAGUGCCCGCCACCAAGGUGGAGCUCACCGUGUCGUGCAGUUGUGAUUCUCUACGUCCAAGGAAACGUGGACAAGGAAUGGCGUGAAUUUGGCCGCACGGAAGUGAUUGACAACACCCUGAACCCAGACUUUGUCCGCAAGUUUAUGCUCGACUAUUACUUUGAGGAGAAGCAGAACCUGCGUUUUGACGUUUACAACGUGGACUCCAAGACCUGCAACAUCUCCAAGCAUAAGGACUUCCUAGGACAAGCCUACGUGGCACUGGGGGAGGUGAUCGGCUCCUUAAGAGGGCGCCUGGAGCGGACACUCACGGGGGUCCCAGGAAAAAAGUGUGGUACCAUCGUGUUUUCUGCCGAAGAGCUCAGCAAUUGUCGGGACAUUGUCACCAUGCAACUGUGCGCCAACAAGCUUGACAAGAAAGAUUUCUUCGGCAAAUCCGACCCCUUCCUUGUUUUCUACCGCAGCAACGAGGAUGGCACGUUCACCAUCUGCCACAAGACAGAGGUGGUGAAGAACAACCUGAACCCUGUGUGGCAGCCGUUCUCCAUCCCCGUGCGUGCCCUGUGCAACGGGGACUAUGACAGGACAGUGAAAAUUGACGUGUACGACUGGGACCGAGACGGCAGCCACGAUUUCAUUGGAGAGUUUGCGACAAGCUACAGGGAGCUCUCUCGUGCCCAGAGCCAGUUCACUGUAUACGAGGUUUUGAAUCCUAGGAAGAAAUGCAAGAAAAAGAAAUACGUUAACUCGGGAACUGUGACCCUUCUGUCGUUUGCGGUGCAGUCCGAAUUCACCUUUGUCGAUUAUAUUCGAGGCGGGACACAGUUGAAUUUCACGGUUGCCAUUGAUUUCACGGCCUCCAACGGAAACCCCUCCCAGCCCACCUCCCUUCACUACAUGAGCCCGUACCAACUCAGCUCCUAUGCCAUGGCGCUGAAGGCAGUUGGCGAGAUCAUCCAGGAUUACGACAGCGACAAACUCUUCCCUGCCUACGGCUUUGGAGCCAAAAUCCCACCAGAUGGCAAGGUGUCCCACCAGUUCCCUUUGAACAACAAUCCGGAUAACCCCAGCUGCGAGGGCAUUGAAGGAGUGCUGGAAUCCUAUUUCCAAAGUUUGCGGACGGUACAGCUGUAUGGGCCCACCAACUUUGCGCCUGUCAUCAACCAGGUUGCCCAGUCAGCUGGUGAGGUUAGCGAUGGGUCCCAGUAUUACGUCCUCCUCAUCAUCACCGACGGGGUCAUCUCUGACAUGACGCCAACGAAGGAAGCCAUUGUGGCUGCCUCUUCUUUGCCCAUGUCCAUCAUCAUCGUGGGAGUCGGCCCAGCUGAUUUUUUGGCCAUGGAAGAGCUGGACGGAGAUGAGGUGCGAGUCUCCUCCAAGGGGCGCUACGCCGAGAGAGACAUUGUGCAGUUUGUGCCCUUCCGGGACUACAUUGACCACUCAGGGAACCAAGUGUUAAGCAUGGCACGCCUGGCCAAGGAUGUGUUAGGCGAAGUCCCCGAGCAGCUCCUCUCCUACAUGAAGAUGUACGACAUCAAGCCCCUUUCCUCCAGUUCACAGUAGCUCCGCCCUCUGCGCAGCCUGAGCCAAUGGAAUGCUUCUGCUCCAGCCGGGACUGAGAUAACCCUUACCAGUUGGGCAACAUGGGCUGUUUCCACUCCAGAGUUGGCUAGAUCCUGGGGGAGGGGGGUUUCUCUGCGGGGGGGCAAGUAGGCUACAGACUGCAUGCCUUGCACACGGGCCGAAACACCAGCACAGAAAGCAUGAGCCCAGCCAGAAUCGCCAAGGGAAGACGCCACAAAGCAGCUCCAGCAAGGGAUGUGAGUGGAUGGGAAGGAAGGCUGGUCGGACCCAGGCCUUUUGCUGGGGCCCGGAGGUGGUGUUUCCGUCAGGCCGCAUUUGCUAAAUAAGGUGCCAUUUAGCUCUGUUCUGCCUGGAUAUUGACAAUAAAACCAUCCUUGGUCCCAGGAA